UUGUACAGCUGCAUCUGAAUGCUCGAAUGAACGUUUGAAACCCUAUAAUGGUUCAUGUUAUCUAUUCGUUUCAUAUCCGGAAGUAGAUUGGUGGACAGCACAACAAGUGUGUCGGGGUAUGGGAGCCAAAUUGACAUCAGUGUCAUCGGCUGAUGAGCACAGAUUUAUAACCUCCAAUAUCCGUAAUCAAAUUGACUAUUCGCCACAAUUGAUUUACUGGCUGGGGGCUGAAUUGGAAAAGAACGGUCAAUUUGAAUGGACAGAUGACUCUAAAAUGAGUUUUCAGGGUUGGUUACCUGGCCAGGGUCAAUUUGAUGCAAUGCCCUCCGAUGCCACUUGCUUGGGUUUACAAUGGAAAAUGUCGCCCACUCCAAUGCUACCAUCUGGACUUUAUUGGCAAUCGCAAAAGUGCAAUAAAGUCGGUGGUUACGUGUGUAAAAAACCAAAGGAAUCAUUUGGUAAUUUUGCUUUUAGUAAUUUUACAGUAACAGGAACGGAAGGACGUCUGGUAUCGCCAGCAUACCCAAACACGUAUCCGUUAAACAUUGACUAUUGGAUACAUAUUAAAGCAGCCGAGCGUACAAGGAUCAUUGUACAAUUUCAAAAAAUCGAUUUGGAGCCACAAGAUGAAUGUCUUUAUGACUUUAUAAGUAUACAGGAUUUUGAUAUUGUAUCGAAAAUAAUCCUAGAACCUGGUACAAAUACAGUACCAAUGGCAAUGUUGAUGUCAGAUGAACAAUUCACAGCUUAUGAAAAUGAUAACGAUGGCAUUGGAGAUGUUGAUGGCGGUGAUGGUGAUGGUGUUGUUGACGAUGAUAAUAAUCAGGACGUCGACAAUAAUGGUGGUGACAAUGGUGGCAAUAAUGAUGCUACUGCUGCUGAUGAUGAUGAUGAUAGCAGUAGUAAUAGUGAUGAUGAUGCGGAUGCAGAUGACAGUGAUGACAAUGGUGCUAACGAUAACGAAACAACAACUUUUAACAAAAGAACUAAGAAGACGAGUAACACUAAGUUGCAACUACAACAUCUUCAUCAACAACAGCAGCCCCAUGUAAGAAUACGUCGAAGUCUUUCAGUCACCAACAAGGCCAGACAAAGACGCAAACUUAUUGAAAGACAAACUCAAAGUAAUAGUAAAAUUAAAAGUCAAAAUCGCAAAAGAAGAAGAAAAAGAAACCACACUGCCAAAUUACAACAAGACACACAAAAUUUUCGCCAUUUAGCAGCAAUGCAUCACAAUGAUGAAACGGUGGACACUGAACCGAAUUUACAAAAACGUAAUAAAAAUAAAAAUAAUAAAAACACAAGGUGGCAUCAUGAUAGCAACAAUAAUUAUGGUAGAAUACAACAGCAACAACAACAACAACACAUUAAACAACAGACACCAAGGAAACAUCAACGUAAUAAGGAUAUGGUGACAAGAGAAAAUCAACAUGGCAGUUCAUCCUGUAUUAAUGAAAAUCCCAAAAGAUGUAGACGAAAAAAGUCCACAACGGAUAUUAAAAAUUUAAGAACAAAUAAAGCUUUAGUUAAGCUGCCAGCUAAUAUAGCACGCUAUCGUCGUAGCACAAUAUUAAGUGAUAACUCCUUACCCGCCUCCGAUAAUGCCCAGUCAUUUUUACCCUAUGUGCGUUGGUGUGGUACACACGAAUCGAAUAUGUCUAAAUUUGAUUUUGUUUCACGUUCCAAUGAGGUUAUGUUAAACUUUCACAGCGACUACUCGAUAACGGGCCUGGGUUUUGCCGCAGUUUGGAAGGCUAUUGAUGUUUCCGGUUGUCCUUUACGCACACUUACCAGUCGGGAAGGCACUAUUUUUUCACCUAAUUAUCCUCAUUUCUUGCUCAAUAAUUUAAAUUGUGCUUAUGUGAUUCAAGCUCCCGUGGGCAAACGUGUCUGGCUGGAGUUUAUUGAAUAUGACUUCCAAUCGGACGCUUUGUUGGAGGUGGAUAUUGGUAAUGGUGUGUUUAGACCAUUUCGUUUGUCGGAUCAUUUAAACGAUGGCAUGUUUGUGAGUUUAAGGGAACAGUUGAAGGUGCAAUUUCGCACGGGUCAACAUCCGAGAGGCAAAGGUUUCCAGGCUAUUUAUCAUACAGUUGCACAAAUGGAGAGACGUGAACGUAUCAUCAACUUGACCAGCAAUGACACUGGUUAUCUAUAUCAAUUGAACUAUCCGCAUGAUAUGGCUGAAAAUGUUGACUAUACACAACAUUUGGUGGCACCAUUCGGUCAUAAUAUUUUGCUGGAGUUGCAUGGUGUGGAAUUUACUGAGAAUGGUUGCCAGGAUAAUAAUCUGCUUGAGAUCUAUGAUAAUUAUGCCGACAAUAAUGGCACCAAAUGGCAACUAUGCAAAUUUCAAAAUGCUAAUUUUCAUACUGGCAGUCCUCUCGAUGACAAUUACUUAACCACAAAUAUAUACGGACAACAUCCAGGAGAAUAUAUUCCAGAUUCAAACGAUAAUAAUGAUAAUAUGAAAACAACAUUGCCCGUAACAUCCCAUGGAAAUAUGGAGACAUCAUCAGCAACAACAGUUGCUGAAUUUCUUCUACGUCAACAUCAGCACCAGCAACAGUAUAGUAUACCAGUAUCACAGUCACCACCUCCCGUCUACAUAACAUCAUAUUUAAAUACGUUGUAUAUACGUCAGCGUACCACUGCCAAAUCCAUUGCCAAUCUUAAUUGUUCCAUAAGUUUACAGUGGGAUAAUAAUUACAAAAUGAAAUUAGCAUCUGGGGAUAAAAGUGUCGAAUCAUGUCAACCGAAUCCUUGUCAGUAUAAUGGUAAAUGUGUGGUUAACAAUCGUACCAGCUACUGUCAGUGCCAGGGACAUUUUACUGGAAGAUUUUGUGGUUUAAAUUUGUGUGAAUUGGAACCCUGCGUCUUUGGUAAAUGUGAAUUAACUACGAAUAAUUUUAAGUGCCAGUGUCAACCUGGUUAUAUGGGUACGACAUGUGAACAAAAACAAAGACCUUGUGCUGAUAAUCCUUGUGAGGGACGUGGUAUUUGUAUAGAGAAAAAUGGUGGUUUCUUUUGUCGUUGCUAUGCUUGGUGGGAGGGCCACCGCUGUGAAAAACGUAUGCUUCACAUACCUUACAAACCUUUAUCGGAGCGUAUGCUGCAGGAACCCUUUUGGUUGGGUCUAAUUACUGUAUUUGUGGUUUUAGCUGUUAUAGGUUUGGUUUGGUGUGCGAAGCGACAUUUUCCAGAGAAAAUCGAAAAACUAUUGGCUGAAGAAGCUGAUCGUAAUAGGCCACCUGGUUCUAUACAUGGACAUCAUCAUCACACAUCAUUGCGUGAACAAUUGCAAUUUACAACUGCCAUACCACAAACGACCGUUAAUAAUGCACCGGGUGCACCUCGUUCCAUAUUCAACAGAUUGGGUAUAAGAAAACCAUCAUUAUUGAGCCUCAGCAGCCCCAAUCCAGUACCUGGAGGGGGAGGGGCAGCAGCGCGUACAUUUUCUCUUGACGAUCUGUUACGACCGCCUCCCCGACGUUCGCCCUCACCUCGCAAAAAACGCAACAAUUCUACACCGGUUAAGAAAAAUGCCGCCGAAAAGAAACAAAUUCUACAGCAAUUAGUUUCACCAGCCGCUCAACAGGCCAAGCCUAAAGUAAGUUUAGGAGAAUUGAUCUCAAUGUCAGAGAAUCGUUUGAGAGCCAGCAAUGUAGAUUCAGAAAGUGAUCUUAAGGAAACCACAUUUUCGGAAAAUACCGGCUCUUUAACAUCAGCCACUGUGGAGAGAGCCAUUAAUGAUCCAAAACUCGAAAAGAAGGUGACAUUUGCCCGUUUGCUGAAUAAAGUUUCAGCUGAAAUGAGUUCUGGUUCCGAGGCAACUCGUAAUUCUAGUGCUCUUAGCCUGCCAACUGACAUACAAAUGCGAGCAAGUUCUAUGCCACCAUCACCCUGCACGAACGAUAUGCGUUCACCACACAGCACAUCAUCUACGCACGGCAGUGAUUCAUUUUCAAGUUCCGAUCUGGCACUAACCGAUUUUGGUCUGCGUUCAAUACAAACCAGUGGCAGUGAAAUGGGCAGUACAACAAAUAAUCAACUUAGCGGUUUGCCUUCGGGCAUGCCAGCACGCUGUCGCAUCGGUUCGCCGGCGCGUCCUAAAGUUUCUAGUGCCGACUCAAUACUCGCCAUGUUUCGUAAUUUUGCCAAUGCAGCUGGCAAUGCAUCGAAUACAACAACUAAUACAAUGCCAUCAACGACUUCGGUCUUUGUUUCGCCCUCAACAACGCCCACCGUUUCGAGUCCACAGGAUGAUGCACCCGGUGAUGAUGAGUCAUCUACAUCCUCCAUGCAUACACCGGUUAGUUUCUCUAGUGGUGCUCCCGAUUCACCGGUGUUCUAUCGUCAAACCACCAUCGAAGUGCCUGUAUUAGAUGUUCUAAAUGCGCACAAAACAUCGACGACCUCUACGUCGUCAUCAUCAUCGUCGAAUCUAUUGCACCCACCGACAAUAUUGCUUGAAAUACCGAGCAUUAACAAUAAGUGUCUUUCGCCUAUAAGAGAGAUGCCAACGCCAAUACCAUCGCCGGCUCUAACACCGAUAAUGACAAGACCUCAACGUUCGAAUAGUCCCAUAUUCCAGGAAGAUCCCUCAUCCGGUGGAGACUUUAGUGAUGAUGACGAUAAGAGUGAUCGUAGUGAUACUCAGUUAUCGGAAAAACUGAGAAUUGGACUGCAACGUGAAAAAUCCCGUCUACUCGAUACGGAUGUAGAGACAACACCGACCGAUACCACCACAACAUCGAUGGCAAACUUGAAUAAGCCAAUUGGUGGCCUCAAUUACAAAAUACCCAAAUUGAGUUUUACACCAGCCAUAGCCACAGCUGCACCCAUGCAAACACCCGCCAUUACCAUAGACAUAGAACCGCCCACGCCAGAGGAAAAACAAGCCAGACCCAGAGAUUUGAUUAUACCCACAUUGACCGUAGAACAACCCAGUCCCACAAAGAAUCGUCAUCCAAUGAUUAUAUUUCCGGGAUCACCACCACCACAACGAGCCAGCAUAGGUGAAACCAGUUUUAUGUUUCCAAAUAAACAACAACAAAAAAGGCUCUUAAAACAAUUUGAGAAACCCACUUCUUUGGAUUUCCCUUUUGCGCCGCCUACAAUAACGGUAACAGCGAAUAUGAGCGAAUUGGAAUCGGACACAGAACCACUGUCACCCGCUCCGAAAACUGGUGUCAGUGGGGGUUUAAUGCCUCCCAAUCCGGUGGGUAUGUGUUACCUAAGUCCGUUUACCAUGUGUACUCGAGCGGAUCGCACCAUAUCCGAGAGUAAUUUAAGCUCAUCGGGUUACUCGAGCAUGGCUAGUCCGGGACCAAGCCGUUGUGGCUCUAGUAAUCCUUUAUAUCCCAAUGAAAUGGAUGAACCGGGCAGUGGUCACUCGGGACCGGGACUCUCUUUGCAUGUUAAUCUGCUAAAUAGACGUAAAUCAUCUAUGCUGCCCAGCUGUAAAGAGAACAUCAGUAAUGGCAAGUGUACAGGUCCUGCGGCAGGUGCUAACACUGAUCGUUUGCAUACGCAUCGUCCUCGUUCCGAUUCGGAAACUUUUUCCGAUGAUAUACUCAUAGAAUCCAAUGACGAGGGCAUAGGCACAGAUCAUGUUGACGAAAAGUUAGAUGAUACCCGUUUAAGUUCGCGUCGCUUUGAUAUGUUCCUCGACGAUGAGAUACUAAUCGAAGUUGAUGAACCGCCUACCACCACCCUGCCCCCUACAACAGCGCCACUGCUAGGUGGCAACAACUUACUUAGCAACAAUUGUGGCCCUCAAAUGGCACAACUACAACUGCCUUCUAUUGUGAUACAAAUCGAUGGUUGCGGUGAUAAGACCCUAUCACCUGUAUCCUCGCGCUCCGAAAGUCCUCUAAGUGAAAGAGCCGGCAUAGGACGUUUCUCGCCUCACUUCUAUGGACGCAAAGAUCAACUGCCAUUUACGGACUCCGAUGGUCUGUACGAUUUUCCAUCGUCCGAUGGCAAAGGCACCUCGGUGCAUACGUUUUCGCAUCAGCGUCGCAGUAGCAGCAAAAAACGUGAACGUAAAUCCUCCAAGUGCUCGUCGACUCAGUCGCCUACGAAACAACAAUUGGAUUUGCCCUCCAAAGAGUCGUUGAACACUUCAUCCACGCCCAGUAGUAUAACACAUAUUUGCAACAAGCAUUGCCAUUCACAUCACCAUCCAUGCCCUGCCGUUACGGUCACUACGCGUAAGAGUCCCAAGAGACGUUUGCUCAAUCGUCAUCCGGUGGCGAGUAGUUCGUCGUCGUCGGAAAGUUUGAACUCAGCCAAGGAGUUGACUGUGAGACCUUUACCCAGGCGACUUAAUUCGCCCAAUCGUGAGAAGAGACCGCGAAAACAAGAGAGUUUAAGUGAGGAUGAGGUUGCUGAUUCUAUUUUAAGACGCAUUUCACCCAGCAUUGUUAAGACGGAAGAUGAAACGGUCAGACCUAAGUGUAAAAUUAAUCGCUUAAGAGCUAUAGGAAAUCAAAUAAGAUUUCUACGACGCUUAGAAAAAUCCAUAAAAACCCGCGAACGUAUUGCCUCACCCUCUGACAGUUGUCCCGAAGAAAAUACCGACGAUAUGGACUCACCACAGGCCUCAUCACCGCUACUGCAACCAACAUCACCCAGUAAAACACGUUUGGCAUUGUGUCGACAAAAACGUCUUCCCAGUGGGACAUAUGGUAUAACAGCGGCAGCACUCAAUUCCAGCAAUUGGAAGGGCAUGGAUCGUAGUCUGAUUGGAGAUGACUUAAAUAGUGAUUAAGUUUGAAGAAGACAUACACACACUCAAAAAACGCGAAACUAAAGUAAUGUUUAAAAAAGUUAAAAUAUUACAAAUAAUUUAAAAUUGUAAAUUGUAUAUAGUUAAUUUUUUAAAUACCAUUAAGAACGAAAAAUUUAAGCUCUUAAUUAGUAAGUUAUAAUAAAACUCUCUCUCUCUCUCACACACAUACACCCAACUCCACCACACUCACUUAUACACUGACGUAAUGGAAUUGAUAUUUCUCUUUAGCUCUUUAUAGUCGAAUUCUAUCGGUCACUUUGUGUUAUUUACUUCUAUUUUUUAGGCUACUAAAUUUAAAUUUUUCAAAUUUUAGUCAUUGUAGUUAAAUAAAAAUUAUUUUUGCAAAAAGGCACUUUUUUAGAUAAAUUACCAGAAAAAAAAAACAAAACCAAUUAUAAAUAUGUAUGUAGGUAUAUGUAGUUGUUUAAUUGUAUGGGUAAAAUGUUAUUAAAAGAAAAUUACCAUUAAAUUAAUGUUGUGACAAAUUUUUACUUCAAACAUUAGAUAAAAACACAAAGGAACACUUUUUUUAUUACAAGUAGAAUAUUCUUUUGACAAUUCUUUAUUUAAUUAGUCGGUAUAUAGUUGAUGAUUAAACCCAGAUAUUCUUAGGUCCCGGUAAGAAGUUUCCAUAAACUCGUUCUUUCAUUUUACAAUUUUUGAAUGAAUUUGUAACUGUCAACAUUAUAACCCAUUUAUUCUGACAAAAAUCCACUAUUUGGUGAAGAUAUUUGGUCAUUACUUUUAGAUAUUUUGAACAGAAUUGGAUGUUAUGAACUCCAAGGUCAUGUGGUUUCAAUAAAGAUGGCGCCACCUGUCACACAGUUUAAACCGCAUUAAAUAUUAUGUUCGUGUGAUUUGAAGGUAUGGUCAUCUCGCAUAUGAAUAAGGCAUUAAGAUCGUACCCUUUGACUUUUCUUAGAGAGUUUUCUUAAGUACGACAAUUUGAGACAUUUUGAGACUAUAUAACCAAUUCCAGCAAGCGAUAUAUCCUACUUUAAUAUAGAUGAGUCCAUGUAACACACCGCUACAUAGACUAGCAAAGCCGUGAACCUUGAAUGUAAGAGUGAAAACUCCUCCAAACAACUAAUCUUUAAAAUUGAUCCUUAUGGAAAAAAACAUUGGGAUUAAAUGUUUUUAAAAUUGUUAAGAGACUAUAUAAUGAUUCCACAUAUUAGUCAAUAUGCCGAUCUAUAGAUCCACAGCUUUAGACGUUUACCUUUGAAUGUGACUAUGUAAAUGUCGAAGUGUCUUACGUGAACACCUGUCAUGUUGGCCUUAUUUCACAAUGGUACUUUUUCUAACCACUGGGAGAACUGAGUAGAAGACUCACCACCGCCCAUUUGUGCUUCUUACACGCAGGUGGCAAUUUGUGUACAUAGUUCUGCCUCUUUUUAGUCGGCAACAGCACCUAGAGACGUAUUCCGUAGACCGAAACACGAAUCCAUUAAAUAAGCCGAGGACAGAGAAUACACUGUGGUAAUUCUGGUAUGAACAGAGUAAAUCGUGAACAUAACUGAACAAUGAAGAAAUAUUCAAUGGUAACACUUAUAAGUAUACAAUCAAACCAAUGAAUGGUAUAAGAUACCAUGCAUCCAUCACCAUUCAACUCAGCAUACUUCCCAUUCAUUAGACCCAUAAAGAACAACAUUCAAUACACUUACUCUAGAUACAUUUACACUUACAUUUAUCCUGUAUCAUAUACAAAUUAAACCAACUCAUUUUGAACACUUAGUCGCACAGUCACUCCACUGUGGGAGUGCAUCAGUCUUUUAACCGACAUUCUCUUCCCGCGAAUUUGGGUUUAAACCAAAGCCACCACGUGUACCCCAAAGGAAUCUCUCCAAUAACCGGCACAAGAAAAAGUCCGAAAUUCUGCCCUACGGGCUACCGGUUCCCGUGGUACCGGUUAAUAUGGUUCUCUGGUUCGACCCCAUGGCAAAUCAAUCCAAGGAAUGGCCGAGGAUACCAUUGAUUAUCACCUGUGUUUAGUCCCGGCAUACUAGAGGUACAGGUAACACUUUUUCCCCGGGAUUGUAAUCACACCAAUAUGGGGUCAUUCAUCAAGGUAACAUGCCCCUGGGGAAGAGAAUAGUACAGUCUAAAUGAGAUUUUAAUCCAAAAUUCUUCAAUGAAGAUGCCACCACCAACUCCAUUCGUUAUCUUGAAUCCAUCUAUAUACACACGGAAACAAUUAUUAAACGGAAUGAAGAACUCUUGAGACUCCGUAGAGAUGUGAUAAUGAAUUGUCUCGAAGGAUACCAAGGAAAGGCCGAGCACCUCUUUUAUCCCGGGAUUGCAAUCACACCAAGGUGAGGUCUUUCAUCAAGGUAUCAUGCCCCCUGGGUAAGAGAAUAAUACAGUCUAAAUGAGAUUUUAAUCGCAAGUUCUUUAAUGAAUAUGCCAUCACCAUUCGUUAUCAUUGAUCUAUUUGUAUACACACGAAAACAAUUAUUAAACGGAAUGACGGACUCUUGAGACUCCGUAGAGAUGUGAUAAUGGAAUUGUCUCCAAGGAGACAGCAUGACCCUUGACAACAGCCUCAAAGAGCAAAUUAACAUUUUUAGGUUUGUACCCCAGCAUUUAGCAUGUGCUAAUGGACCAUCAUCAGACCUAUGGCUUUUGAUCUUCCAGAGAGUAUAAUCCUGCUUCAUAGCAACUUUCUGUCUAGGAUAACGAUCAAAUAUUUCCGCUAUCGGAAAGCCUUAAUACUUCUCCGUUUAGCCGAGGAAAAGGAUAAAUACGAAUCUUGGAUCGUUGGCAUAGCCAAUCGUUUUAAAACCAAGAGAGUUGGUUUUGAUAGGUCUUUACGUUGCUUACAUUUAAAACUUGGAAUCGCUUAAUGAAAGGGUCUAUAGGCUUUAAAGAUUCUAGGUAUCUUUAGGUAUUCCGCAUCUAAAAAAGAACUAGUAAUACAAGUCUUAUUUCUUAGAAUUUUAUUCAAUUUUCUCCACAUUUCAUAAACGUUACCGCAGUGUUACAAGUUUUGAUUUUUCUGAAAGAAUUGGAAAAAAAUCAUUGUACGGAUUUCAGCGAUUAGUGAUAUGACAGCCUAAGAAGUAAAAAUAUUGCUGUUACUGUCAGAUCAUGAACAGUUUUUUCAACGAAUCUGAACGUUUUGUUCAUGUUUGGAUAUUCACUUUAGAAUAUUCGGGUAACCUUGUUACUUAUUUUGGAUAUCGGUCUAAAUAUGCCUUAGACCGUUAUUUAAGAAUACACCCAUGGAAACUUCUUACUAGCUUAUACUUUUAAGGGAUGGGUUGUAAUGAUUACACAAAGUAAUUUAUUGACCAUGUAAUUACAAUUGCUUGUAAUGUGUAAUUGAGCAAUAACCAAUUAUAAUUACUUGUAAUUGUAAUUGAAGUUUUUCCAAUUACAAUUAUUUGUAAUGUAUAAUUGACCAAUAACCAAUUACUUUUACUAAAUGUAAUUGUAAUUGAAUUUUGAAGUUUCCAAUUAAAAUUACUUGUAAUUAAAAUUUAAGUAUAACUAAUUACAAAUUACAUCUAAUUAUAAGAUACAAAUCUCACAAUUACAAGUAAUUGUAAUUGGAAAUUCUUCAAAUUACAAUUACAAGUAAUUGCAUUUGGCAAAACUUCCAAUACAUGGGGUGUAAUGAUUACACAAAGUAAUUCAUUACAUGGUCAAUUACAAUUGCUUGUAAUGUGUAAUUGAGUAAUAACCAAUUAUAAUUACUUGUAAUUGUAAUUGAAGUUUUUCCAAUUACAAUUAUUUGUAAUGUAUAAUUGACCAAUAACCAAUUACUUUUACUAAAUGUAAUUGAAUUUUGAAGUUUCCAAUUAAAAUUACUUGUAAUUAAAAUUUAAGUAUAACUAAUUACAAAUUACAUCUAAUUAUAAGGUACAAAUCUCACAAUUACAAGUAAUUGUAAUUGGAAAUUCUUCAAAUUACAAUUACAAGUAAUUGUAUUUGGCAAAGCUUCCAAUACAUGGGGUGUAAUGAUUACACAAAGUAAUUCAUUACAUGGUCAAUUACAAUUACUUGUAAUGUGUAAGUGAGCAAUAAUCAAUUAUAAUUACUUGUAAUUAUAAUUGAAGUUUUUCCAAUUACAAUUACUUGUUAUGUGUAAUAGACCAAUAACUUCAUUUACAUGUAAUGGUAAUUGAAUUUUUGCCAAUUACAAUUACUUGUAAUUGUAAUUGAAGUUUGCAAUUAAAAUUACUUGUAAUUGAAAUUUAAGUCUAACUAAUUACAAAUUACAUGUAAUUAUAAGGAACAAA